UUUUUUUUCAACAGGCUGAUCAAGCUGUCCAGUCGAGUACUGGUGUGGAUCUAUUCUCUCAAAUUCUGGAGGCAAACAAAGAGGUCAGUGACAUGCUUUCUGAGGGAGAUAUAGUUGUAUCUGCAUCCGCAUCCAAGAAAGCCAUGACCAAUUCCAUGACUGGUGCCAUGAGCACUGUAAAUGGCUACAGCGGCUGGCCAAAGUCCCCAUCUGGAUGGGUUGUAGUGCCAUAUACCAUUUCUAACGACUACUCUGAUUAUCAGAGGAUGGUGAUUGAAAGUGCAAUGAAGAGCAUCACCUCUAAAACCUGUGUCCAUUUUUUGCCACGCACUAAUGAAGUGGACUACAUCAGCAUUGAGAAUCUAGGAGGCUGCUCAUCUACUGUAGGGAGAGCUGGAGGUGUACAGCAGUUGUCUCUGUCUGUGGACGGCUGUAUUUAUUAUGGGAUUGUUGAGCAUGAGCUCAUCCAUUCUCUGGGGUUCAGCCACGAACACACCAGGAGUGACCGAGACAAGUACAUCUGGAUCAACUGGCAGAAUGUUCCAGAAGCAUCUUCAUACAACUUUCAGAUAAAGGACACCGAUACUCUGAAUACCCCUUAUGACUACAACUCAAUCAUGCAUUAUGGAAGGUCAGCCUUUGCCAUACAAUCUGGCUUGGAAACAAUCGUUCCAAUUCCUAACCCUUUAGUACAGAUUGGGCAGAGGCAGGAAUUGUCUGCCAUUGACAUUCAGCGAAUCAACCAGCUCUAUGAAUGUGGUUUUUAAAGUGAAGGCUGAAGAUGAAACCCCAGUGAGAUACAGACUGUGACCAGAAUUAUUACAGUACUGCAUAACCAAAGUACAUCUCUCCCUUCCUUCCCUUUGUCUGUAACUUGACCACGUAAGUGUAAUUGACUGAUUGCAGUGCUGAAUUGCAAUAAACCUUGUUAUGGGUCAGUCCUGA